AUGACAGAGAUGGAGCUGGCAAUGGCCAUUGGCAUGAACUUCAAAAGAACCAACAACCUGGAGCAAUCACUGCAAAUGCGCAGAGCAUACAGCGAUUUGAGCUACUUGGAUGCUGUGGGCCACUUUGUUGCACACUAUGGUGGUGGUGCUGAACAUGGCUUCCCCAUUGUCAAGCUGUUGGCCACUAUUGAAAAGAGCUUCAGCAGCUCCAUGCUAUUGGGUGAGGAGUUCUUCCUCAAUGCUGUUGGUGCCGCGGUGCCCUCUGACAUAGACAGGGUAAGGGCUGCCAGCAACAAGGACAAGUUGAUGCCUGCUGAGAUGCUGGCACAGAUGAACUUGGAGACCUUGCAGAAGUGUGCUUUGCUGGCCAAGAAAGAAGGCAAAGGCAGGGAGAGCAAGCAAUAUGGCAGCCUCGACGAGAGCAGCAAGGCCUACAUUGGUGAGCUCAUUGCCAUGGACAAAGAUGCUGGUGAGAAGGCAGCCAAGACUGCUGGCGUGGACCUUGCCAGCUUGGAUGCUGUCAUUGAAGAAGGGCCCCAGCUGUGCUUCUACAAGCCCCUGCAAAGGAUGGCCAGCAAAGAAGAAAGCCAAGAGGGCAUGAGCACGCUGCGCUGGCAUGCUUUCUUUGAAGGUCCAUUGCCUCUUCUGAGCGCUUUGGCUGUUUUCCAAAUGCAAUGGAUUGCUUCCACCAUGUAUUUGUGGUUGGAUGCCAUCAACAUUUGUUGGCUUCAAGCUAGCUCCAAGCCAAGCAACCUCCUUUGCGCAAUGCCACCGGGUGUGGAUGAGGCUAGAGCUGCUGGCACGGAUGGGCAGUGGAGGUUCCCAGGAACCCCAGUUGGCAUGGAGUUCGGCCUCCAGUUGGGCGCGGGCGCCUUUGGGUUUGGUCGGCGGCUUUGUGGUGGCGAGCGCAAGUGCGCUUGGCUGGAGGCGGAUUCGGUGCUGAAGAGCAGUCGCUGUCGGAGGGCGUACGGGAGCAGCUCGGCGAUGAUGCGUGCCUUGGGCAGGCCCUCCUUCGACAACAUGAGAUCGACUGCAGCUCUGAAAGCGUUGCAACUUUGGUCAUGUUUUGUUUGCCCAUAG